AUGAGUCCCUCCGUCCCCCUCCUCUUCUCUUGCUUCCUCCUCCUCUCCUCCACCGUCACCGCCUUCAACAUCACCAAACUUCUGGGGAGAUACGAUGGUUUCAAUACUUUCAAUGAUCUUCUAACCCAGACCCACCUCAAUGAUGAGAUCAAUAGCCGAAGAACCAUCUCCGUCCUCGCCGUUAGCGACGGUAACAUUGCACAGAUCGCCGGAAAACCCAUUGAUGUGAUCAAGAAUAUCUUGAGCAACCAUGUGGUUCUUGACUACUAUGAUAUCUUGAAGCUUAAUAAUUUGUCUAAAGGAAGUGCUCUCCUUACAACCUUGUUCCAGACAACAGGUGUGGCCUCUCAGAAACAAGGGUUCUUGAAUGUCACCAACUCCAAUGGAGAGAUUGUUUUUUCAUCUGCAGUGAAAGGUUCUCCUCAUGAUGUCAAGUUGGUUAAGUCAGUUGCCGCUCAGCCCUAUAACAUUUCGGUGCUCGAAAUCUCCGCUCCGAUCAUAGCACCGGGCCUUGAUGCUGCUCCCUACGGCCCAACCGCUGCCCCAAAGAAGCCACAAGCGCCAGCUCCGGCACCACAUUCUAAGAAGUCACCACCACCACCACCGGUUGAGAGCCCGACGGAGGCUGAAGCUCCUACAAUAACGGAGACGGAGGCUCCUACACCAUCUGCUGAUGCCGAAGCACCAGCAGAUGCCCCGGUUAGUUCUCCUCCAGCGGCUGACGCACCAACCGCCGAUUCAACAACGGAGGCACCAGCUCCUGGAACCUCUUCAGCUGGCAAGGGCUUUGUUUCCAACUUUUGCAUGGCCUUGCUCGUGGGGUUGGUAGCCUCCUUCUUUGUAGCAAUGUGA